AUGCUGAGCACAGUUUCCGGUCCACUGCUGCUGGCAUUCUUGCUGGGAUGGCUGGUGGUGGUGUCUACAGGGGAGCAAUGCUUGCCCUACGCCAUUCCGCCUGCAGAACGGAGGAGCUUACAAAGUGAUACUGGCACAUUUCCAUUGGGUCUGUGGGUCAAUGGCAACUCACAUGAUGUCGGAGUCAGUGCGGCCUUCAGUAUUCUAGUGGAGGAGAUUGUCGGCAUCCAUGUUUUUACGGAUCCCCGUCGCCCAAAAAAUGUCAAGCACGCAUUUUACGCGAUCGCUGGAUGCGAGGAAAACGCAACAUCAGGCUGGGUAUGCGAAGGGAAGGAGUCGCGGAUACAUGUCAUGCUGUCAGCCUACAUGCUCUACAACGAGGAUGAACUUGCAGCUGUGAACCGCAUGCGAAUGGGUGGCAUCAUCACUGUGCUGGGUUCCGUGGGAUAUUCCCUCUUUGAAGGCUUGCAUGUCAGCCAAUCCCUGAUAGCAAAAGCCUGGGAGACCCAAGGCUUGGCCUUGGAGUAUUAUCGCAGCUAUCAUUACAAUCAAAAUCCAUCAGCGGCUUUUAACAAAAUUUCAGAGGUGAACACUUCCGACCUUGUCCCUUGUGCUGAGUGGGGUAUCUAUUCCCCGCACGUGUUGGACAUGUACUUGAAGCUGACAGGAGAUUUGGAUGGUUUAGAUGUGGCAGACGGCUCUUUCCGUCCACGUUGCCACCAGCAGAAUUGGUGGCUUUCCCCCACGUGCCGUUCAAAUACCACGGAAUGCAUCCCCUGCAUCACGUGUGUAACUUGGGGGUAUAUAUGGUAUGUUGAAGAGAUCAUGCAGAAAGCAGCAGUUUUCAGCAUUCCAAUGGCCUUGGCUGGAGGGAGUGGUUGUGGACCAGGCGGAUCAUUUGAAAAGCUCCCGCUGACGUAUGACAUGCUCUUCUAUUCCUGGGGGCCAGAUAUAACCUUUCAGUCGUUGCAGCCCGUGAAGAUCAUAUUUCCUGUUUCAAACCAAAUGGAACAUGAACAAAAUAUUUUCACGUCGGCACGAGCUGAAAUUGAUCAAGAGAUCCUGGCGCAUUUGGACUUGCAACAGUGGGCUCCGGAAGUGUUGGGCCUCCUCAAGAAUUUGAAUUGGCAGGCAGAUGAUGUCUCGGACAUGCUGGGACACCAUGCUUCUUCCAUGGAACCCUCAGAUAUUUGGCAGGCCGCCUGCACGUGGCUUCAAACCAACGAAGCUACGUGGAAAAGCUGGAUACCAAGCAGAAACAGCUGCUAUGCUGGUCAGGGCAUGUAUUCUGAGGCCACACAAGCCUUUGUUCAGGAGCGACAGGCUGAGACAAUUUGCCAGCCAUGUCCACCCGGAACGUACUCAGCCCUGGUAAGCGACAAGAUAGGGGACACUGCCGAAUGCCGCCAAUGUGAACCUGGUUUCAGACAGGCUUCGUAUGCAGCCGUCACAUGCGAUCCGUGUCUUGCAGGAACAUUUGCUUCGCAGAAGGGUUCCACGUCCCUUAGCUUCUAUAGGUUUAGGCAUAAGAACGUGUUCAUGCGCUUCCAAAGCCUUUCGACUGUUGCCCAUCGCAUGUAA